AUGGCGUCCCAAUACCACUGCACUCAGUUUUUGAACCAAUUUCCUGAACCUGGAACCGAGGAAUCUAUUAAUGGGUUUAUUACAAGUUCGAUAGGAGCUGUAGUCAGUGUAUACCGCCCAUAUCAUUAUUAUCUGCUCACUUCAGUAGUUUUGUUUGCCUUUUUCGCAAAUAUUUUAAUUGUGACUGUGUUAUCAAAUAAAGAAAUGAGAAGUUCUGGAAUAAAUGUAACCAUGAUGCUGAUAGCAGUUUGUGAUCUAGGAUGUGCAUCUUCAGGAUUAUGCCAGCAGUUUUUGAGAAGAUAUUCAGAUUUAUAUUCCUCUUAUCAAACCGCCUAUGCACAAAUUAUUGUUGAUUAUUUCCAAGUUGCUUUUCAUGCCGCCUCUCUCUAUCUAGCAGCCGGUUUAGCAUUUUAUACUCCCUUGCAUCGUCAUGAUGAUUCUAUCAAUAUUGAUACUAUUACAGAUCAAAGAAGCUCAAAAAAAGUCCAACAGUAUUGCUCACAAUCAGAGAAACAAAGAGUAUGUGAUGGAAAAGGAGAUUUUAAGAUUUUCAAAAAAUUCAGUGCUCAAAUUGAUCGUUCUUCUCGCUUUAUUCAAUUCCUACUUGUUGUGUUUGUAGUUACCGAGUUUCCUCAAGGAUUUUUCAGCAUUCUGGGUGGACUAUCCAUCAACGAUUACAUAAACUAUUACCAACAUCUUUCAAUAUUUAUGAAUCUUUUAGCAUUCUUCAACACUACAACCAGUUUCAUUAUAUACAGUGCACUGUCUUCGAAAUUCAGACAAUUAUUUUGGCGCCUUUUCAUUCCACGAUUCAUAUCAAACAGAUUCACACGGAAUCGAGCAGUUGUCGUUAUGCCAUCCACAGUACUAUCAUCUAACGCGGUCUGA